AUGAACAAACUAUGUACGCGGAAGAAUGCCUUUGUGAUCGAGGGGCCCACAACCACUGGUAAAACACUAUUUGUGAAACUCGUCGCCGAAAAUUAUGUGUAUGGGACAGUACAAAGAUCAGGCGACCACAGUCAGUUUUUCUUGAUGAAUUUACUCAACAAGACUCUAGCCUUGAUGGAAGAACCCAGGAUCACACAACUGACGGUUAACGAUUUCAAGGAAUUACUUGGAGGAAAUGCAUUUGAUAUCCAUGUGAAACAUCAAAAGGAUGAAAGACUGGAUAGAUUACCUGUCCUUAUCACAACCAACAACCCCUUGACAUAUUAUGUAAUGGACGCUGAUGGCAAAGCCAUCUUGGAACGAUGUUUUUAUUUCAAAUUUCAUGUAAAGGUCGGUUCACCUGACUUACCCGAACCACCA